AUGGGCGGGUGGCUCAUGUUCUACACCUUUGGGGUGGCCAAAUGCUUGCUGGAUCACGGGCUGCACAACGUGCGACCCACGGAGCAGAGCGUCAUCGGAAGCUCUGCUGGUUCUCUGGCCGCCGCUGCUUUGGUCCUCGAGGCUGACAUAGACAAGAUAGUGGAGCAGGCCAAGACGAGCUUCAUACCCCGGGCGCACGCCGCGAGGUUCUUCGGCUUCGUGUAUGGCAUGUUCUACAUCGGCCAGUUCCUGCUUGAGUCCCUGCUCGCGUGCCUGCCCGUCGAGAGGGUGGGCCGAAACACGUCCCCGCCCGGCCGACUGACGGUGGUCCUGUCCUCCGUGCUCGGCUGGAAGUCUAUCCGCGCCAAGGAGUUCCGCGACGGGGACGACCUCAUCGACGCGCUGCGGUGCUCGUGCGCGUGCUUCCCCCUGGUGCUGCCGCACGUGUUUCGGGGGAAGCGGUGCUUCGACGGGGUGUUCUCCGAGGGACCGAGCGCUCCCAGCCUGGACGAGGAGGAGGCUGGGGGACGCAAAACGGUGACCAUCAGCCCGCUGUACGCCAGCACCGCGUCGAUACGCCCUUCCCGGUACGUGCCCCUCUCCUGGAUCGCCCUGCCUCCGAACGACCCCGGGGCGAUCGACUGGCUCUACGACCUAGGGUACCGCGACGCGCUCUUCUGGAUGGCCAACGAAGGGAUCGAACACACCUGCUCGCACGUGUCCAGGCUCUCCAAGUUCUCAAGCAGCAGCAACGGAUGCGCUCCCGACAGCACCAUGGCCAAGGACAGCGUUUUAGAGGGUGGGGCAUCCGCCCUCCGCAGAAGAGACAGCAGCAGCAGCAGCAGCGAAGCCAGACGAGGUAACGAAGGAGGAGUAGGACUCAAAUCAACAACGGCACGAGAAGACGGGGAGGGGAGAAGGAACGGAGGCGGCCAAGAGGGGCAGUUCUACGUCAGGCCGUCCUUCACCCUGUCCGGCUGCCGCAUGCGUCCCCGCCGGGAGCGGCACGCCGAGCUCGACGCCCCCCGGUUCGUCCCCUCCCUCGAGAAGUUCGUGGGCCACGGGAGCUACCACGCCCUGGCCGACUCCCUCUUCUGCGUCUUCUUCAACGUCGUCUGGCGGCCCGCCGCGGCCCUCCUCCUCUGCGCCGAGCUCGUCACCAGCCUCCUCCUGGCGUCUUCGCGGGCGUUCGCGAAGGACCUCCGGCCGCUGUUGUGGUGGCUCCUCCCGACCCUUCUCCUGGGGGAGGCUGCCCUGGAGCACUGGCCGACCGCGAUGGAGGGCAUAGCAGCGGCUGUCGCUGUGGCGGCGGUGGUGGCGGCCGCGGCCAGCCGGGAGGGGGCUCCGGGGAAGGAGAGCUGGCGGGAGGCACGGCGGUCCGCGCGAGCGCUGGUCGACUUCCGCUGCGUGCUGGGAAGCACCCUGCUGCUGCCGUGGGGACGAGGAGGGAGAGGAGAGGGGGGUGAAGGCGGUGCGGGCGUAAAGUCGGAGGCUCUCGAGGGGAGCUUCAUGUACAGGGCUGUAUCGUUUUUCAUGUGA